AGAAUUUAGUUAUUCUUCUUUCACAGAGAUUCAUCAACGUGGUUUACAAUUAAAACAGAUGUAUUUUUUCAUGAAACACUAACCAAUCUUAAUAAAUCAAACCAAUUACUAACAAACGGUAAACCUCGACUGAAUCAAUAAUGGAUAGCAUAAAAGAUGGAUGGUUCACAGAAACAUGUACGUUAUGGCCUGGGCAAGCGAUGAGUCUGCAAGUAGAAGAGGUUCUUUACCAACAAAAAUCAAAAUUUCAAGAUGUCAUGGUUUUCAAGAGCAAAACCUAUGGAAAUGUCCUUGUGCUGGAUGGAGUUAUUCAGUGCACAGAGAGAGAUGAGUUUUCCUACCAAGAAAUGAUAGCCAACCUUCCUUUGUGCUCCCACCCUUGUCCCAAAAAGGUCUUGAUUAUUGGGGGUGGUGAUGGUGGUGUCCUGAGAGAAGUGGUAAAACACCCACUUGUUGAAUCAGUGGUUCAGUGUGAAAUUGAUGAGGAUGUAAUCAGUGUGUCAAAGAAGUAUCUCCCUGGAAUGGCAAAAGGAUUCUUUAGUCCCAAACUCACAUUGAAUGUUGGAGAUGGGUUUGAGUUCAUGAAACAAAACCAGGAUGCCUUUGAUAUAAUUAUUACAGAUUCUUCUGACCCUGUUGGACCUGCAGAGAGCUUGUUCAAAGCGUCUUACUAUGAACUCAUGAAGACUGCCUUAAGAGAUUCUGGAAUUCUUUGUUGUCAAGGAGAGUGUCAAUGGCUCCAUUUGGAGCUGAUUAAAGAGAUGCGGACCUUCUGCAAGACACUGUUCCCUGUUGUGGAUUAUGCCUACUGCACCAUUCCAACCUACCCAAGUGGCCAGAUUGGCUUCAUGCUCUGCAGUAAAAAUUCUCAAACAACUUUCAGAGAACCAGUGAGAGAACUUUCAAGAAAUGAAGUGGAAAGUAUGAAUCUGAGAUAUUACAACCCAGAGAUCCACAGAGCAUCAUUCAUCCUCCCGGAGUUUGCAAGAAAGUCACUGAGUGAAGCAUGAGUGCCUUGGUGGACAAAAUCUUAAUCAUUGAACUGAUUCUCUCUGGCAACCGAAGCAACACCUCAUCACAGCUGCUGCACUUCUCCCUGUCUCCACCAGGGAAGACUUGGUGAAGACUUACUAAGUGGAAAAGAAAGACCUUAAGUGGGCAAUUCUCUUCCUUUUGGAGAGAGUUUAAAUUCCUUCCAGUGCUUCCUUCCAGUCUUAGAAAUUAUUUGUAUUUAUUUGUUCUGGGAUUUUUGUCUUAAUCCUUAACGGUAAACUCUUAUGUCAACAUCUAAUAUAUAGAAAACAACAUUCAUACCGUACUAGCAAGAUUAAGGUACACGCAACUGUAAAACAUGCCCAUUAUAAUUUACCCUGCCUGUCAAGUCAUUCACUGAAAGAAUUCAUUGUGAUCUCAACAUGGCCUGAAUUGUGUUUUUCCAUUAUCACUGGAAACAUUAGUAAUGGAAAAACAGUUGUUGAACUGGUUUCUAUCAUGGCUUUCCUCCAGGCAAAUAUAGAUGGUAUAAUUGUACAUUGUUUGAAAAUGAUGUGUUAUCUAAAAUAAUGGUUGAGUUGAGAACAUUACCCCUUCAAAAUGUCAGCAGAACACUUGUUUCACGAAAAAUGUGAGUUGAUAAGAUACAGUACCUCCUCAGUAUUCAUUGUUUAUCUGUUGCUAUAUAAUCCCUUUUAUGGACAUAUACAUUUCUUGAUCUAGUAUGAAAUAAUCUUAGGGACCUGAUUUGUAAAGGAUGCAGAUUUUGUGAAAUAUUGCGGGUCUAUUGAUCUUAAGUGAGUACAUAUCAAUAGUGCAUUCAUACUGAACCAGUAUGUCCCAUGUCCAAGGAAUUUGUUAUAAAUGAGCGUUAAGAUCAAGGUUUUAAUAAGAAUCUUAAAAUAUAAUAAAUCAGUGAGGUUACCUGGAUAUUGGAGACGUGUUUGUUUUAAAGCUACAAAUCCCUCUUGUUUCAAAGCAAGAGACAAUACAAACUGUUUGAAAUUCUCAUAUCUAGAAAUCCACCCCAGUCUAGCUCAGGCAUGAACAUUGUCAAUGAGUUGUUGCACUGAGGCUUACAGAUUAAACUACUGUGAUGAACCAUUGCUAAUACUAUUUCAUAUCGGAAGAAUUGUUUCCACUGUGGAUGGACAGGUAAUAUCAAGGGACGACCUGGUUCUCAUAACUGCAACACCUAACUACAGUAUACAUUUCUACCUGCAAUGUUUAGCUUUGCACCCUAUGUAAUUAUAGAUUUUCAGAAUGAAGACUGCUAGUACUCCUUUUUUAGUUAGGCAGUAUAUUGAUGUGAAAACAAACGUGUCUGGGUAAGAAGCAGCUUUAGAAUAGUCACAAGUGCAAACCCCACCCAUCCAGCUCUGAAGCAAAUACUAUAAGGUAUUUGAAUGUUUCCCAGUGCUGUUUGAACCCAUUUAAUAUUAUGUCCUGUGGAUAUUGUAAGGAGCACAUGCCGUUCUUUACACUACUGUAAAUAAUCACCUAGUUUGUUCCAUGGUUAACAAAACAUAUCAAAUAAAUGAAAUUCGUAUCCCACCUUCA